AUGGACGGGCUGGCUGGACACCCGCUGAGACGGAUGGGCUGGCUGGACACCCUCCGAGAUGGACGGGCUGGCUGGACACCCUCCGAGAUGGACGGGCUGGCUGGACACCCGCUGAGAUGGACGGGCUGGCUGUACACCCUCCGAGAUGGACGGGCUGGCUGUACACCCUCCGAGAUGGACGGGCUGGCUGGACACCCGCUGAGACGGAUGGGCUGGCUGGACACCCGC